AGACCGGCAAGGGGCAAGGAGUGAAUUGGUUCUGUGGUCACAUGCCGCGGGGUCUAAUGGGAGGAGCAGUUGCCCGGUGGCCGCUUGGAGCUUCCUGUUUCCGGUUCCUGGAGUGGGGCACACCGAGGCGCUUGGGGGAACGCUGGCCUCUGACACGAACUUUGGGCCCGGGGUCCGCGGCUGGCCUCUCGCUGGCCCCGUCUCCCAGCCCCAGGCAAGAAUUCACCGGGGGAUUCUGAGCGGUGACUACCUCCUUUGCCUGUGGCACGAUGCUCCCCUUCCACAACUAUUGGAGAACCGGACUGCUGCUGCUGCUGCUCCAGGCUGUGGCUGUGAAAGAGUCCUGGCAGACAGAAGAAAAAACCUGCGACCUGGUAGGAGAAAAGGGUAAAGAGUCAGAGACAGAGUUGGCCCUACUUAGGAGGCUGAAACCACUUUUUAACAAAAGCUUUGCGAGCACUGUGGGCCAGGGCCCAGACACAUAUAUCUACAUGUUCAGGGUGUGCAGGGAAGCUGGCAACUAUACGUCUGGGGCAGGCCUGGUGCAGAUCAACAAAAAUAGCGGGAAGGAGACGGUGGUAGGGAGACUCAAUGAGACUCACAUCUUCAACGGAAGUAAUUGGAUCAUGCUGAUCUAUAAAGGAGGUGAUGAAUAUGACAGACACUGUGGCAAGGAGCAGCGUCGUGCAGUGGUGAUGAUCUCCUGUAAUCGACACACUCUAGCGGAUAAUUUUAACCCUGUGUCUGAGGAGCGAGGUAAAGUCCAAGAUUGUUUCUACCUCUUUGAACUGGAUAGCAGCCUUGCCUGUUCCCCAGAAGUCUCCCACCUGAGUGUGGGUUCUAUCUUACUUGUCAUAUUUGCAUCACUGGUGGCUGUCUAUAUCAUCGGGGGAUUUCUAUACCAGCGCCUGGUGGUGGGAGCCAAGGGAAUGGAGCAGUUUCCCCACUUAGCCUUUUGGCAGGAUCUUGGCAACCUAGUAGCUGAUGGUUGUGACUUUGUGUGCCGUUCUAAACCCCGAAAUGUGCCUGCUGCGUAUCGUGGUGUGGGGGAUGACCAGCUUGGGGAAGAGUCAGAAGAAAGGGAUGAUCAUUUAUUACCAAUGUGAUUGCACUUUAAAUUUCCAGCCUCUUCUUCAGUCCCCCAAACCAAAGCAUACUCAGCCAGAUUUCUCAAGUAUUUCCUCAUCUCUCACUGAACCCUUGAUAUUGGUCUUGCUUUUUCAGUUUGCUUUAUAUUUGAAUCUUCUCACUAGAAUUCCCUUCCUUUUCCUAUUUUGUUUUCUUCUAAAGGUGGUACAGUUAUAGGAUAGAGAUAAUA